AGCAAAACUAAAUCCAGCCAGCGCUGACCCCGAUCCCCAAUUCCAUCGACCGCCAAAUUCUCAGCCAUGGCGGCGUCGGCGCCGACGGGCUGCUUCAAGUGCGGCCGCCCGGGCCACUGGUCCCGCGACUGCCCCUCCGCCCCGCCGUCCUCCUCCUCCGCCAACCCCAACCCCACCAAUCCCACCGCCGGCGCCGGCCCCUCCCGCUUCGCUUCGUUCAAGCCGAGGCAGAACCCUAAGCCCGCGGCGGCGGCGGAGGGAGAGGGGGAGGAGCAGGCGGCGCAGGAAGGCGGGAAGAAGAAGAGGAAGGAGAGGGCGACGCGGCCCAAGCUCACGCCGGACCUGCUCCUCUCCGACGCCGGCCUCGGCUUCGUCCUCCGCUACUUCCCCAAGGCCUUCAAACCCCGCGCACGCCCCGGCCACGAGGUGGAGGACCUUGGCCAUCUGAUCAAGCUUUAUGCCGACUGGCAAUCUCGCUUGAUCCCUUAUUACUCCUUCGAGCAGUUCGUGCGCAAAGUUGAGAAAGUUGGGGUCAGCAACCGUGUCAGAAGAUGCAUUUCUGAACUGAAGGACAGAGUUGCCAAUGGGGGGGAUCCUACACAACUGCACGAACCACCAGUGGAACAAGUCAUACCAGAGGGAGAACCUGAUGGAGCAACACAGGAAGACCCAAUCCUAGGGACUGAAGAACCUCUGUCGACGGACAAUCAUGUAAUGGAGUCGGUACAAGAAGAUAUAGAUCUACCACCAGUGGAAAGUAACGACAUGGAUGCCAUGCAAGAGGAUUUGCUGAAUGAGAUCUACGAAAACACAAUGCAUGAACCUGGAACCAAACCUGGUGAGGGAUACACCGGAGAACCAUUGGCCCGAAGAGAGGCAGAGAAGUAUCAAGAUGGAGAGGAGAGUGGUGGAAGCAAACCAAGCAAAAAGGUUGAGCUGACAGAGGAGCAGAGGGCGCGAAUGGAGGCUAACCGGCACAAGGCCUUGGAGAGAGCGGCAGCAGCUCGGGCUCGCUUAUCCCAGUCGCAGCCUACUACUGAAACUGCCACCUAGGCGCAUGCAGGAUCCUGAAUCACUCUGCCCUGUCAGUUAGGUUGAAUAGCAUACGAUAGUGGGUUUUACUGAAUGGUCAAGAUGGUGUUUGUUGGACUUGAUGUGUAAAACACAUAAAAUAUUUAUUUUCUACAUUAUGGAGUUGGCGAUUUAUCUGCUA